CCGCAGCUGAGCCGGCACCAAAAAGCGAAACCGGUUUGGAGGCUCAUCAUCUCCUCCUCCUGCUCCGCCCCGUCGGGGAAGUUGCGAAAGCGGCCGCGGGGACAGGAAAGGGAAGGCGGCGAGGCGAGAGCGAGCGAGCCAGGCGCGCGAUGGCGGAGGUCGCUGCUGUUGGCGCCGCUGGCGCGUCUCCGUCCUCCCCGUCGGAAGAAGACUCGGUGCCGCUGGUGGCGCUCAACUACUCGGUGCGCCGCCGCCUGGGGCUCUUCCUCAACCCGCGCGCCCCGGUGGCCUCCGACUGGACGGCGCUGGCCGAGGAGCUGGGCUACGACUACCUGGAGAUCAAGCACUUCGAAGGCAAGGCCGACCCCACCGAGAGCCUCUUGGCCGACUGGCAGAAGCGCUGCCCCGGCGGCGCUACCGUGGGCCGCCUCCUGGGGCUGCUGCGCCACCUCGGCCGCCGGGACGUCCUGGCUGACCUGGGGACCAGCAUCGAAGAAGAUUGCAAGAAGUACCUGCGGAGGAAACAGCAGGAGGAGGCGGAGAGGCCCGUUCAGGUCCCGGCGGUGGACAGCAGUAUCGCAAGGGCAUCUGAACUGCAGGGCAUCACUACGCAAGAUGACCCCCUUGGACACACGGUAGAGAUGUUUGAUGCCUUCAUCUGUUACUGCCCGAACGACCUUCACUUUGUGCAAGAGAUGAUCCAAGAGCUGGAACAGACAGAGCACAAGCUGAAGCUCUGUGUGUUCGACCGGGAUGUCCUCCCCGGAACGUGCGUCUGGUCCAUCACCAGCGAGCUUAUAGAGACGCGGUGCCGGAAAAUGGUGGUAGUGAUUUCGGAUGACUACCUUGAUAGCGAAGCCUGUGACUUCCAGACCAAGUUUGCCCUCAGCCUCUCCCCAGGAGCUCGCCGCAAGUGCCUCAUUCCAGUUAAGUGCAAAAGCAUGAAGAAGGAGUUCCCAAGCAUCCUCAGGUUCAUCACGGUUUGCGACUACACCAACCCCUGCACCAAGAAAUGGUUCUGGAUGCGGCUGGCCAAGUCCCUGUUGGUCCCAUGAUGCAAAGCUGGGAGGCCGAGUGUCUUGCGUCGUGACUUGUACUGCGUCUUGAGGAAGGGAAGUUUGGGGGGUGGGCCUAAGUCUUUCUUAGCCUUUGCCACGAAACCAACUUGUGCUAAACCCUUGCCUCACCGAGUCUCCGAAACAACCCCGGAAGCCAGUCCGUUUUAAAAAGGAGGGCUAGAAAGUACUGAGAACUGCAGCUGCUCCUGAGGUUUUGGGCCGAUGUUUCCUGAUUUCAGCUGAUUUCCUCCUUGCGAAACGGGGGAAUUGAGAAAGAAUGAACACGGGCGGGAGAAAGCUUUCAACAGCUGCGGCUCGCAAAAUGGCGGUGAUCUUCUGCAAAGUGUCUCUUUCUGACAACUCAACAGCAACCUUUUUUUUACUAGCACAAACCAACAAAUGGACUAACGCCCCCCUUCCCCAGUAUCCUGUUUCUGACAAGCCUGAGUUCCUGGUGCCUUAAAAUAGAGAUGGAUCACUGGUCUCCCAAGAUCCACAACUUAAACCUGCUAUUGUACAGAAGGAUAACCAGAUUCUGCAACUCUCA